CGCAAGCAUACUCAGAAGAAUAAAAUAUUUCGGAGACUCCUGAAACAGCGCCGGCCUGCGCGCCGUCAACCCUAGUUGCACUACAGGCUUCUUUUCACCGGUCUCCGCAGCUUGGUGGAGGCGGCGGCGAAGGAGCGCGGGUGAAAGACGGGGGAGCAAUGCGAUUUGUGGUGACGAAAGCCUGCGGCGGGGGCGGGAGGGCUCGGGCGGGCGCCCUCUAUGUCGGGAGCUGCCCCACCCCCAUCGAGACCCCGGCUCUCCUGCUCUUCACGAAGAAAGGCCUGCCCACCUUCAUCUCCCGCGACCUCCUCGCCUCCCUCCCGUCCCCUGACUCCCGUCUUCUUCACGUCAGCCCGCUGCAUUUUUUGGAAUGCCCUUUACCAAGAACAAUUUCAAAUAUUGGAGGAUUGCAUCAGAUGCUGGGAUUGCACGAAUGCAUCUUUGUAGCUGCACCAAGGGAUUCAAUUGAGAGCCUGCCAGAGAGUGAAGGCACCAAUAAGCUUGGACCUUCUUUUGAAACACCAUGUGGUCGCCGUUUGGUGAAGCCUAAAGAAUACAUGGAAAUGAUUUCUUCAUUGAAGCCCAACUUGUGGGCUAGUUUGGCAGAUGAGGUGCCUGCUUGGGUUUCUGAAAAGAGAAAUAAGACUUCUGUGGACAGAACAUUGCAUUGGCUUGAUGAUUGCCUUGCUUUGGAUCCGGCAGGUGGAGCAAACAUUUUGGGAGCUAUUGUUGGAGGGUCCUCUAUAGAAGAACGAAAACGCUGUGCAACCAAAGUAGCGAUGCAAAAUGUAUCAGGUUUCUGGAUUGGAGGCUUUGGACUUGGAGAGAGUAUGGAAGAGCGUCCUGCUUUGCUCAAUUCAGUUAUGGAUAGCUUACCGGAGAAAAAGCUUCGCCAGAUAUCUGGACUCUCUCUUCCAGAGGAGGUUUUGCAGGGUGUGGCUGCGGGCAUUGAUCUAUUUGAGUCCACGUAUAUUUACCAUCUUACACUUGGAGGAUUUGCACUUACCUUCCCACUUGACAUUGUUGAGAGAGAUAUCAUGCACUCCCAGCUAAGUGAUACAGGUAGUGACUGCACAAAGAUAAAUCUGCGGGCGACGAUUUACAGGAAAGAUACAACACCUAUCGUCGAAAACUGCAGCUGCUUCACAUGCCAGAAUCACACACGAGCUUACAUCAAUCACUUGCUCAAUGUUCAUGAAAUGCUGGCUCAGAUCCUACUAGAAAUACAUAAUACUCACCAUUAUCUGGCUUUUUUCCACUCAAUACGGGAAGCAAUCAAGGGUGGAAAGUUUGAUUUGUUUCAUCGGAGAUUUAUCGAUGGAAGGCGCGCCCAUGUGACCUCAGCUGUUCCAUGCUCAUAAAUGCUCAUCCUUUUCACUUUGAACAAGCUUGCUUUACCAUGAGAACUGAUUAUCUUUUUCUGAACUUUUUGAUUCUUGAAUUUAGGCAAGGAGUCAUUAACAAGCUAUAAAGGUUUUAUUUAUUUAUCUAUUGUAAAAGGAUGACAUAUAAAUCAAAGGAGAAAAUAGGGGCAGCUUCCAGCAGGAGAGAAGACAACGGAAGCAAGAAUGAAGAAGGUUUGGCAGCCCUCAGAUAGCAUAUAAUAUUAGUUGGGAAGUCCCAUUGCAUCAAAUCCAUAUCUUUAUAGCAGUUAAACAGUUAUUUAUGUACCGUUGCCUUUCUUUAUAAUUUACAUCCAUACACAAUGCUUGGAUUAUUAAAUUAUUCUUCAGUUAUUCAUAACCUUUCCUGGGCAGAUGAUUUGCAGAAAAUUUCCCAAUAAUCAGUUUUAUUUUUCA